UCUUAUUUUAACAAUUACUUUACUUAAGUAGGACUAAUUAAUAAAUUAAGUCGUAUUUUAACCUCGUUCGCGGAAAAAAAAUAUAAAACUUGGGCUCGAUCAACUUAUUUUGAGGACUGAUUUUGGACCUAGCCCGUAAUUCCUAGGCUCAUACCCCGAACCUAAUCCCUACCCCUAUAUAAUAGUACCUACACCUAAAACAUAAAGGGACACCCCUAAACACUGAUCCGCCAUUUUCAUGAAUAACAAACCUAAGGAAAAGGCUCCCAUCAGCCCCAUUUUUUGACCAAAACGACGCUCCCUCUCGCUUCUUCUAUUUUUGGCGAAAUACCAAAGUUCUUUGCCACAAAGACAGAAUGGUCUCGACAUAUUCGUGAAAAUCUAGAGUUUCUCCAUAUUGAAUCACUUUUUCAAGGUCAAAAGCAUGAAGAAACGGACCUUUUUUCAAAAAUCAAAUAUCAUUUGCAGAGAUCCAUUUUCAUGAAUAAGAAAAGAAUACAAAUUUCAGCUCCUUCCUCCUUGAUUUUGGUUCUUGAAAAUGGAGUUUGGUUGAAGUUUCUGUCGGAUUUUCGAGAUCGUAAUUGGGUCCGGUUCGUCGGUCUUGUUGUUUUGAUCUGAUUUUCUCUCUCAGCAGUAAGAGGCAUGAUCAAGAGGAUUCUAAAUGAAGAACCGGGUUCAUCAGUAUUGGUUCAUCUAAAUAACGAGGUAUGAUUUCUAUACUCUGCACAAUUAGAAAUAUAUAUAUUUAAAUCAUGAGCAGAGUCCUACCUAUUUUCAAAAACAUCAGAAAAUCCUAUCCGUUUAUUUUUGAACCAGUUCUGUCUGUACUAGAAUUCUCACCACAUAAAUUGCCUAAAAUCUAGGGAAGUUUAACUGCUCAUUCGACCUGCAAUUUCAGGUUAAUUGGACUUCUAAUUGACUGCAAAAAGCUACCAUUAGUCAUUAAUUAAGUUUCUCUCUUUAAAAACCCAUCAUCACUUUCUGCCACCCUCAUUAUUCAAAAGCCGUUAAAAUUUCUUUCACUCUCAACUUUUCUCUCUUCCAAAAGCCAAACUCACAAAUUCUCUCAUGAAAUCAGUCACAAUGUCGAACCCUCAAGAUAACCCAGGCACUCCUCCACAACCUACCUCUUCUGAUUCCUCCACACCUCCUCAACCUAGUACAACCCCCCAGCCUAUGAGGAGACGUGUUAUGAUGCUCGCUCGUAAAACUGUGGCUACAAGUGCUCUGUUAAAAAGAUUGAACGCACAAUUGAAGGCUAGCCAAGCCCAAGAAUCUGAACACUCUGACAAUUCCUUCAAGUCUGCAAGUGAGGGGAAAGGAACUAGGUCUUCAGAUUCUGAGAAGAUUCAGAGUUCCCCUUCUGAGGUACGUUAUGUUUUGGUUGAAAGCGUAGAAAAUAGGUUUGUUCUUGUUGGGUCUGUUAGAAAUGUGGAAAUGCCUGAGUUGAGAAGGAGAGGAGGUAAAAAUAAAAAUGAAAAAGGAAAAGAGAGUGAGGGUGCAAGCUGUGAUAUGAGGGGAACAGGGAUAGAAGUGGUUGAUUCGUCACCCACCUCUAAGAUGGUUAGACCACCAAUUUGUGGGACUGGGAAUGAAAUUGUAGGAGAAAGUGACAAGAAAAUAGGGGGAAGUGCAUCAAGGGAGGCUGCUGAGGGUUUGGUAAAUUUAAGUUCUCAUGUGGAUGAACCCGAUUCAUUUAUUGAAGAAACCCUAGCAGAACUUCUGAAGAAAGUAAGUGCUAGUUAUAAUCCCAAGAAAAGGAGAACACCAACACCUAAGGUUCCCAGCACUACAAAGAAUACCAAGAAAAGAAAGGCUAAUUCCCCAACAACUGCUGAAAUUCCCUUGCUAAAGGGGAGAUCCACAAAAAGUAUGGUGAAACAGAGUGAGAGUGAAUUACAAAAGGCUUUGGAUGAAAGCAAGACGAAGAGGAUGGAUAAAGGAAAAGCUAAGGUUGCAGAGCCCUAUAAGGCUGUUGAUGUUGAGGAGGUGGAAUAGGUCCAUCAGGAGGAACACACAACUAUGGAGGUUUAGACCCUCAAGCCCAAAAGGACCAAGACUUCCUCCAAGAUGUCUUCAUCUGUGUCUGAGACUGCUGAACCUUUAUUGGCCAAGAGGACAAGGUCUGCUGUGAAGAACAAACAAGUUAAAAUUACUGAGGAGGAGGAAUGGAGUGGUGAAGAAGAGAGUGAAUUUGAUGAUGAACCAGAUAGGCUAGCCAAGUUUGGCAAGAGAAAAAUCUUGAAGGGUAGACUUCUGAAGGAUUUGGUGGAACCAGGAAUGGUUCGAUUGGUUGAUGCUUUAGCUGCUCAGGGCUGGAAGGACACAGUCCUUCAGUUGAAUGGUAGGCUGGCUAGGAAUGAGAUCAUUAAAUUCAUGGUCAAUGCAAAGGUCAAGGAUGGCAAAGUCACCAGUCAAGUGAAAGGGGUCUAAGUGCACUCAAUGCAGAUAAGCUGAGUGAGAUUCAUGACAUCCCUACUGAGGGAUAUGAUGACUACACAAGGUAAAGAUGGCCAAGUUUGGACUCCCUUCCUACUGCCCUUGCAAUCACCAGGAGAUUAUGCGAUAUCUCAGAAGUGAAUGAGGCCAAAGUUGUUCAUAAGAGUGAAAUGAAGCCAUAACACAAAGUCCUGUUUGAAUUUGUCAACAAGUGCUUGCUGCCUAGGCAGGAAAGAAGGCACAUUGCUAACUAUAUGGACUUGGUGUUGAUAAAGUGUCUUGAAAGAGGCAAUCAAUUGGCCUGCAUUUAUUAUCAAGCUACUAGAUAGGGUUAUCAAUGGAUACAAAGCCCAUGCUACUCCUUAUGGGUUUAUUCUGACUACUGUGCUUGAUCAUUGUAAGGUGCCUCUGAAGAAGUGGGAAAUGGCUACAAGCAAGGAUCACUUUGGAAUCAACACUUUGAUUACUUGUGACUAUGAGGUCACUGCCAUUCCCAAUGAACCUGGUUCAUCAGAGAGACACCUAUAAAUACCAAAGUCAGAGCUCUAGUGCAGGAGAGUGGGGCAAAGGAUGCUGAGAUAGCUAGGUUGAAGGCUCGUUUAGAAGAGGUUGAAUCUGAGAGAGAUGCUCUCAGAACUGAGCUCACAAAUGAAAAGGAGAAGAAUGAGGGCAUUCUUCAAAAUAUGCUGAACCUUCUCUAAGACCAAAACCAACCCUCUAGCUCUCCUAAGCCUUAGGACUUCUAGCCUUCAUCUCCUGAACCUGUCUAGUACCACCAGUGACCCAGAUUAGGGAUUUCUCUUUCUUUUGCUCAUGCUUUGAAUAUUUUUGCUUUCUUUUUGUGAAUCGUGUUAGCAACAUAUCUCCUUUCAAUGAAAUCUAUUGUUUUUGCUCUUGAUCAAUUGUUAAUAUUUCCUUGAUAGUUUGAAUGUGUUUGCUUGGUUACUAAUGAUUGAUCCAUGAUUGCACUUGCAAUUGCCACAGUAGCCAUGAGUAAUUGUUAAAAUUCUGGGAAUCACACUUUAUUUAUGCAACUUUUCGAUGAUGCCAAAAGGGGAAAGACAUAUUGUGCUUCAUAUAUUCUGAAUAAGUGAUGUUUAUAACCUAAUGAACCUGGUCAUUGAUGAUAAGUAAAUUUUUCUAAGUUUGUAUUGAUGAAUAAGCUGAGUUCUGACAGGGCCUAAGUGAGUGAAAAGAACAGAGUUUGUCAUCAUCAAAAAGGGGGAAUUUGUUGGCCCAAGUAAAGGUGAAGUUUUGAAGACCGACAAAGGAACUCAGACAUGGACCAGGUCUAUCUUGUGAAACACAGUUAUGAUCAACUCAAACAUGUGAGAUGCACGUGAAGGAGAUAAACCUAACUUACCAAAAAUGAUAUCUCCUAAUCCUGAUCGAAAAAGGUUGCAUAUUAGAUAAGGAGAAAGACUCCUUACACAAAGAUAAACACGACUUAAGAAAUGGAUAGAGUUAGAGGAUGGGACCAACUAGAACUCUUCCACCAAGGAAGAGUAGCAUCUGUAUUCUAGUCAAUCUCUUUUUACUAACUCCAUAAAUAUCAGUGUUGUUAUUUUUCACAGGAAAUGCACAUAAGCAGAAGUUAAACAUGAAUUGAGAGCAAAAUAGC